AAUGUCGCUUUGUUACGCUUAUCUGACGCAGGCAUCAGUGAUCCGAGCGGGUCUCGAAUAAAAUCCUAUUUUCCUGUAUUAAAAGGGUCCGAUAUUUCAUAAAGCACAAACGGCUAUCUUUGCUGCCAGGAGGGAAGGAAGCCAGAUGAAAAAUCCUUGUUUCCUACGCGCUUCUGCUUCUUUUAUCACUUUACGGAAGAGCGCGGAGGCUUCAAAAACAACUAGGAAAUCUCUCCACGGACGAAACUCGCCCUUUGUCACAUCGUUUGCCCAUUUCAAGGUGGCGGGGAGUAUAAAUGGGGAAACGGGGGUCCUUUGCGACCCAAUUCAAAGAUGUCGGCCCGUGGCGCCCCGUUUACAUAAAGGACAUCCGGGUAGCAACCAGUGCACAGUAUGAACUUUAAAACCAUAUGGAAGAACUACCAGGUUGUAGUUGUUACGAUACCAAUCGUUCUGAUGGUGCAUUUCACCUGGUAUAAAAUCAAGGACAAUCCUAUUUUCAAUCCAAGUAUUGCAAGCCCCUUUGAUCCAGAGCCUGAUGUUGUGUCACAUGUUGAAAGAGGAAAAACAAAAUAAUGAGAACCAGCCAAAUAGUCCUUCAGAAUAAUUAAAAGGCAUGUUUCACUUGAACAAACAAUGAAGAAGAACAGCUGGAUUAGGAAGAACUGGUUGACUGAUGGCCAGACUGUGGUUUGUUGCUAUUUGUCUUGGGAUACACUCUGCUGAAACAAGCUUGGCAGCUAAAUCAAAGGGACUCGCUAAGUGAAGCCAUGUCUGCCCUCAUCACUUUGAUUAUUAAUGCAGCAUCUAACUUAAAUGUACUAUAAACUGUGCUGUAUCAGUACCGCAAAAGGAAACAACAGCCCUUAGCCCGGAUGUGUGUAUCAUUCAUUAAAAAGGUCUUUUGCACAAAUAGGCUCAGUCUAAAUGUGACUGGUAUUUCAUCUGGAACAAUGGCUUCUGUUGACAUUAAAAAACCUUCCUUAUGUACAAGUGAACCUUUAGCUAAGGAGAGCCUUAGUCAUGCUCUGUCUGUAUUCAGUAAAAUAGUAAGAUCCUGCUAUGGCCCCACAGGUAGGCUCAAGCAGCUUCACAAUGGGUUGGGUGGAUGUGUCCGCACAUCAUCUCAGUCUUCUGUUUUGCUUAGUGGCCUUUCAGGCAGUCAUCCGGUGUUAAAGCUCCUGACGGCUUCUGUGCAGAAUCAUCUGGCACGCUUCAGUGACUGUGGCUUGUUUACAACCAUUGUUUGCUGCAACCUGCUUGAAAAAUUUCAAGACACGCAUGUUGCUCCAUGUACUUUCAUUAAAAUCAGCCAACACCUUUUGAGUCAGUGCAUUAACUAUCUUACUUCUGAAGCAUGUGGUUGUAGAAUACCAGUGGAUUUUAGCAGUUCUAAGAUUCUUCUUGGUCUGGUGCGGAGUAUAUUAACCAGCAAACCUACCUGCAUGCUUAGCAGAAAGGAAGCAGAUCAUAUCAGUAUUUUGCUACUAGAAGCCUUUCUGUUUACGAUCCCACAAGAAGUCCGCACUGGUGCGGUGCUAGGAAAAUGUCUGUACGUCCCUGUGAAAAAUAAGAGGGUUAUGGAUUCUGCUGUCUAUUCUGGACUUCUUAUUGAAAUCUCAGAAUUGCAUGUGACAAAUGUGCCUCCCAUCAAAAGAGGCCCUUUGGGUGCAAUCAAGAUGGCACUUUUCUGUGCCUCUCUAUCUGGAGAUCUUGCUAACAGUGGAGAAGGAGUCCUUACUGUCCAUCAAGGAAUUUCUUUAGAAGCAAUGGUCUUACAUCAGUUGCUUAAUUUAGGCAAGCAGAUGGUAAGAGACGGUGUAGGCCUUGUCGUCUGCCAGAAGGUUAUCCACCCAGCUUUACAACAGUACCUGAAGGAGAACUGUGUUGUGGCAGUCGAGCGAGUUGGGAUAGCAUUGAUGGAGCCCCUGCAGCAAAUGACAGGUUCUCAGCCGAUCUCUUCUCUACAGCUUCUGUCCCCUGCUUGUUAUGGUCAUUUAAAGGACUUGCAAACUCGGUGUUUUGCUACGAAGUGCUUUUUUCAUCUAAUUCCCAGUGACCCAAUUGUCUGCAGUUUGGUGCUAUGUAACAGGAACGAAACAGCAUGGGAUGAGCUGAAGCUUGCUUGUCAAACUGCAGAACAUGCUUUGCAAUUAACCAUCCGUGAUCCCUGGGUAUUGCUAGGCGGUGGCUGUACGGAAACCCACUUGUCCUCAUACAUAAGGCACACGAGUUCUGCUCCGACCGAGGGCACUUUGGAAUUGCUAGGCUGUUCGCAGGCAGAGUUCCAGCAAGUGGCGGAUUCCUUCUGCUGCUCCCUGGCGUCUGUCGCUUGCUGCCUAGAGCAUGAUCAAGGCAGCAUGCUCCUUGAUACAAAUUGGGGUCAUUCCUGGUCUCUCCUGCCUGGCACUCCCAGCAGGUCUGAUUGGUCCGCCUUCCUUUCAAAGUGUGGGUGUGGCCUUUGCCAGAAGGAGAUGCCAGGCCUCAGCUGGCAAAUGUUACAGUGUCCCUGGAGUCCUUUCCUGCCCAAAAGUGUCCACGAGUCUUCUGUGUCUUCUAUUGAUAAUCCCAUUCUGGACUGUUUUGCUGCAAAAAAGAAUGCUUUGCAAGUUGGAGUUGAGACAGCCCAUCUACUGAUAGAUCUGUCGUACGUAAUUGAAGACCGCAAUUAGUUGUACAGUCUGCCUGCUCUAACUGUGUUCCGUACGUUUAAUCCCUUAAUAAAACUUUGCCAAGAA